AUGGUCGCCAUCAAGAAUCUUUCCAUCACCUCGGCCGUCGUGCUCGGCCUUUCUACUCAGAUUCAGGCUGCCCCGAUAGCCAGUUCAGACCUCGCCACAAGGUCAGGAGCUGACUCUGAUCUCGAUGUCAGAGACCCUUUCUUGGGUAGAAUAGUUGGCUCUAUCUUCGGCGGUCGAAAGGGUCGCCGCGACCUAGAAGAACUCACCGAGCGUGACCUGGCUGACCUCGAAGCCCGCGAUCCGUUCCUUGGCAGAAUAGUUGGCUCUAUCUUCGGCGGACGAAAGGGUCGCCGCGACCUAGAAGAACUCACCGAGCGUGACCUGGCCGAUCUUGAAACCCGCGACCCGUUUCUUGGCAAGCUAAUUGGCUCCGUUUUUGGUGGCCGCCGAGGUCGUCGUGACCUUGAUGACCUCGAGGAACGUGACAUUGAUGAACUCGAGGAACGCGACCUUGAUGACCUUGAAACCCGCGACCCCUUUCUCGGCAAGUUGAUCGGCUCAGUUUUUGGUGGCCGACGAGGCCGCCGUGAUCUGGAAGAACUUUCCGAGCGUGACUUUGAUGAGCUCGAGGAACGUGAGCUUGAUGAGCUAGAAAUCCGCGACCCCUUCCUUGGUAAACUCAUUGGCUCCGUCUUUGGUGGCCGACGAGGACGCCGUGAUUUGGAAGAACUCUCGGAGCGAGACAUUGACGAGCUUGAGGAACGGGACCUAGAUCUUGAAGCUCGUGACCCCUUCCUCGGAAAGUUGAUCGGCUCAGUUUUUGGCGGUCGUCGGGGCCGCCGUGAUCUGGAAGACGAGCUAGUCAGCCGGGGUCUGGACGAUGAGAACCUCGUUGCUCGCGAGCUGGAGAACCUGGAUGAGCGAGAUCUCGAAUACCUCUAUGCGCUGUAUCUGAGAGACAUGGAGGACAGCGAGGAGUAA